AUGCAUUCCCAUCUCUUUAAUAUUUAUAAGGUUUAAGGGCAAAAUUCUUAUUACUUAUCUGGCUCGUCAGACAAGAUCAACCAGAUUGAUAUUUAUUGUCCCUCAUUUAAGCUAGUGCUUGGAAAUAUUAAGAUAUAAUCGUUAGUUAUUACAGCCAAAGAAAUCGAAGUUCAUGCUAAAAUUGAAACUCAGUACCUAAAGCUCACCUCAGAGUUUGACUAGAUCUUGAUUAAAAAGCCGUCUGAAAUCACGACAAAAACUUUAGUUGUGGACGGAGCAAGUCUUCUCAAUGAGGGCUUAAUUUCCUUACAGGCUCUCUAUUGUGGAGAAAUAAUUAAUAAGAAUAGGCUUUCUAUUGAAGAACUUGAUAAAACUAUGGAUAUUGGAAGAGUAGAAGCCCACAAAAUUCAAAAUGAGGGCUAGUUAGAAAUAAAGAGCAUCACGUACUUAUGUGAAAUCAAGCACAUACUUAAUGAAGGGACACUGAAUAUCUUAAAUUCAAAUUUGUAGUCUAUUUAAAUCACCAACAGCAACGAUAUGAUGAUUUCUAGAAGCGACCUAAUUUCCCGCAACUUAUUGAAUUAAGAAGGAUCUAAGCUAUUAGUUGACGACAUUUCAUCUCUUAAAAUCAUGGAAUCAUUUAUUAACAAAGGACUUGCUCAGAGUUCAUAAGGAGAUACAUGGGUAAUCAAUGACUUUCUUAAUGAAAGUGAUUUCGUAACUGAGCACGGGUUCUACACAAUAUAAGAUCUUAAGAACACAGGAACUAUCACCCUACUAGGAUCAACCUGGAACUUAUCAAAAGUAAUCACCCGUAGUACUUAGCCUGAUUUUGUCCCAAUUCAGUCAUUUAGACAAGAAGGAAAAAUAGAAUGUAGCGAUGAUAUAAUUAUUAAUGAUGAAGCUAUGCCCAUGGGACUAAGGACAUUGAAAAACGUUGAAGAUUAUAGAUGGAGGGACUUAUGUAUAACCCCUGAGUAGAUAAAUCAAACAAUUAAUAACAUUGAAUACGGUGGCUCUUAUAUAGUUUAUGCCAAGAGAGUUGAAAUCCCUCUAGGAAUUACCUUUGAAACACAGAGAUCUAUAGUUUUAGAAGUCCAAGAGUUUGCCAAUUAUGGCUAAUGGGUUCUUUUUAGGAAUUUGAAUCUGAGAUUAGUCAAGAUGAUUAAUGGGCUUGAUAAUGAUAGGUAAGCAACUUUGCAAGUCAAUGGAAAACUCACAAUAGAUGCUCAAACUAUUGAUAAUAGAUUUGGAGUAAUAGCCUCGAAUGACACUCUAAGUAUCAAAUCUGAAGCACUUUUGAAUGGAGCUCUCAUGCAUCAAUGGAGGGCACCAUUAUUCCCGAAUGGAAAUAUAAAUUCUUCCUCGGGGGCUUGUCGUUAUUAAGAAGGCGCUUAUUAGCACUGCUAUCUUAACGGCUCAGGAAUUAUAAGUUCUUCUGACCUUGGUAUAGAGUGCAAACAAAUUAAAAACGAAUACGGCGAAAUCAUGACUCAGGGUAACCUAACAAUUCAAGGUGAUAUGCUCUAUAAUCUUUGUGGCAAUGUAUACGGCAGUAAAUCAAUAAAUGCAAAUGUGAAAGAAAUUAAACUCGACAGGGCUGAGCAAAGAAUCUUUCCUGCAAUUGGCGGUGGUCAUUACCACAACUUAAGGUAUAGACUGGAAUGCAGCGACCCACCAACUUUGAGUUCUUUAGGUGACAUUAAUCUAGUUUUUGAACAGCUUAUAAACCAUCUAGGGGUAGUAUCUGCAGGAUAAAACAUUAAGCUUAAUAACAGAGAAUACUCAGGAAUUAGCUCAGGUGUAAUCAAUCAUUCAAGGACCUAAUGGUAUGAUGAAAAUAAUUAUGUGACUGGGGAAUAUCACCGUCAUGAUCAUCGAGUGCCUGCUACAAAUUCUGUAAUUGUAUCUGGAUCCAAAAUUGAAAUAGCUUCUUCUUUAUUUGCAUUUGAGGGAGGCACAGCAGCUGCUCCAGUUAUCAAAAUAAAGGCUCAAAAUAUCAUAGUAAAUCAAAACAGAUUUAACUCGCAUGUUGAUAGAGAUUAAGAGAUAGUAAUAAACUUGUAUGAAGCAGCAAAGUCAAUGACUGGUGGCUUAAUUAAGGAAAAUCUCGCUACAGGAGUCAUCCAAUGCCCUCAUAUCAAAAGCAAAAGCUCUCUCGAUUUGGACAAGCUGAAUAUUUAGACAUGA